AUGUCUGGGAGAGACUCCAAAGGGGUGAACAAGCAGACUUUGCAGCUGGGAGAGGCGGUUCCGGUGCCUUCCGGACCAGAUGAUGCUUUGGAGCUGCUGGAGUCUCCCACGGCCAAGCGCAGCAAGGAAGGGGAUCAUGAUGCCAGAGGGGGCAAACGUGGCAAAAGUGAGUCUCGGCAUCCUCCUCAGAUCACGCUGGAAACUGAGAGCCUUCGAGAGAUGCUCAGGGAGCAGAGCUACGAUCUUCUGGGGAAGCAACAGGCACAGCUGGACAAGGCCAUUGGGGAUCUGGAAUGCCGCACGCUAACCAAGGUGGCCGAGGUUCAGGAGCAGAUUGCGCACCUGGAGUCACGCCACUCUGCGUCGGAUUCAAGGAUCGAAGCUUUGGAGCGAGGGCUCAGGGAGGUCACGGACAAGAUUGCUCAGGGGGCUGGGGGACAUGCGGCCGGCAGGGACCCUGGUGACGAGAAAAGGCGCAACACUCUGGUCAUUGGGGGAUGGCCAAAGGACUCGCGCCGUGGAGUGAUUCUUGCCGAUCUACAGGAGGCGCUUAGGGGGUUACGCCUUGAAGCCCAGCACGAUGCGGAGCCUUUCUGCACGGGACCACGGAGGAGCAUUGCCUUGCUUCCAAUGCCCAAGCGUCAAGGAGAGACCGAGCAAGGACACCGUGACCGCAUGUUCAGCUUUGUGCAGGCCUUUGGCGGCACCCAAGUGCUUACGAAAACGGGGGCGAAGCUGUGGUGCAAUUUCUCUAAGAGCCCGGAACAACGCAUCAUCGCCAGCCACUCGGGGCUGAUCAAGAAGGUCGUCGGCUCUCUGGUGGCGAACUCCGAAGGUCUGCUUGACUUUGAAUACAAGACGGGCACGACCUGGUGCGAUGAAGGGAUGAUCUCUAGUGCCUGCUUGCCAGUGCCACCGGGCACAGACAUGAGGGGGAUUUCAGUCGACGAUAACACGGUCCGCAAGCAUUGGAUCAACAUCCCCAGGUUGGCCAGGGUUACAGGGUGCUCCAUCGAGGAGGCUUCAGUACAACCGGUACUUCCUUUGCAGGGUCAAUGUACAGAGUCUUCGGAUGAAUUCAAGUUCAAGGUGUUUGGAUGGAAUGUCGGUGGAUGUGAUAUUGCCGAUCUGGGCGAGAGCUUCAGAGAAGGGUGUAAAGCAAGCCUUCCGGAUGAUGCUCUGCUAACCUUGCAAGAGCUGCCUCGUGGAGACCCUGGUUGGGCAAAGCAAAAGUGCGGAAAGUGGAGCGUUGUUAGUCAUCGUGCACAAGGAUCGGCGCACUUCGUUCCGGGGUGCACGCUCGCGCAGUACGAACAGGCGGUUGAAGAGACCUUUGAGCGCUUGCCCAAGUCUGCUACUCCUGUUGUUUUCCAGUGUGAUGCAAACGCGCCGAUUCGCUGGUGCUGGCAGGGAGGUGAAGUUUAUGCGGUGGGCCGUGAUGCAAAAGCCAAUGAUUUACAAAGUCGGAUGAUGCGGAGGGGUUUUCGGAUGGUGGAACCUCGACCCCUACAGUUCCUCACACCCACGAGCAGGCCAAGGCAGGAGGGUCGCAAAGGGCACAUCAUUGAUGUUAUGGCGUGCAAGGGUUUGAACAGUUGCCAGUUGGUUGUGCAUGAGGGGUCCUUUCAAGUUCUUGGCACAGAUCACGAAAUUCUGGAGGCCACCUUUUGCACUCGGGGAGGACGGCAGCAUGUUCGCCACUCUACAAAACCGCGUGUUUGGGUCGGGGGGGUGAUCCGGAUUACACAUGUUGAUCAACACGAACUCGAGCGGCUGGGUCAGAAGUGCACUAGGCCCAAACGUGGCGAAUCGUAUGUGGAUCCUCCUGAGGUGAAACAGGCUGCUCAGCAUGCUAGACUUAUGCGGACCAACGCUACAUGGACUCGGGUUCGCCAACUUCGGAAAGCUGCGCGCAAGGAAUGGGAGAACCAACGACUACAAAGGGCAUCGCUCGGGGAUUGGGCAGCUUUGAGGGCGGUUCGGAAGAAGGCGGAUACAGGAUGGGCGGAGGGGUUUGCAGAGGCUCAAAAAGGGGACCCGCACCAAGCUGUUCACGACCAUCUCGAGGGAGUUUACAAAGGGGAUCCGCCCCAGCAACCACAAAAGGGUUUCCAGGGCGAAGUCAAGGCUUUCACCGAGGAUGAGCUGGAUGUGGCAUUGGGACAACUCCAAGCAGGCAAGGCGGUGGGUGGGGAUGGCACGUCUAAGGAACUCUUAGCUGGAAUUUGUUCCGUGGAAGGAGGGAAGCAACACCUUCUUGAGUUUCUUACGAGGAUCCUGGCAACCCAAUCUAUUCCGGAGCAAUGGAACACUCCGCUUAUGGUGCUUCUUCCUAAGAUUCAGCAGCCCAUGCAACCGAAGGAUUUGAGACCGAUUUCAAUGAGCUCGGGGGUUUCCAACUUGUUUUCACGGCUACUGCUUAACCGCGCGCUUCAUGCCAUUGACUUGACGUCCCACAGUCAAUGCUCAGGCAGGGGAAGGCAAACUGCAGAUUAUAUCUUUACAAUUUGGAGAACGCUUGAAUUGGAACGUGAAUGGAGGAGGGGCGUUUGUUUUGCCAAGUUGGACAUUGCCAAAGCCUUCGAUGCUCUUGAUCGCAGAAAGGUGCUCGAGUAUCUGGCUACGCGACUGGGGGAGUCAGCUGAGCUUGAGUGCUGGAAGGGGCUCCUUCAGCAAAACUACAGUACGCUUCAGACUCCUUGGGGGACAUCUUCGGUGUUACAACAGCGAGGGAUUAAACAAGGCGCUAUUGAAAGCCCUUUGUUUUUUGCUCUUAUCUCGGAGCUCUGUCUUACCGAAACAGCGCACCGCUAUCAGUGGCAUAAGCAAGAACAAGCUUUCCAAGGAUGCUCUUAUCAGGAGAUGUUGUACAUGGAUGAUUCCUUGCUUUGGGGAAGGGGAACGGAAGGGCUUGAAACACGGAUUCGACAGUUCAUGGUUGUAUUGUCGGAGUUCGGACUUCGGCUGAAUGGAUCCAAAUGCCAACUACUUGUUUCGCCACAUUGGAAGGGGCCUAAGUUCAUCCACAUAGCAGGGACCAAGGUGGAGGCGUCUCCGGAGAUGGAAGUGAUGGGCCUACACAUGAGGGUUGGGAUGAGUCCGUGUGAACUGGUUGGUCCGCUUCUCGCUCGGGCCAAAGCAAAAUUUUGGGCGACACGACACAUCUUUUGUGCAAAGACCCCGCUUAAAGGGCGACUGCGCGUCAUCGAACGGGUGGUGGGUGCAUCAGCUUUGUGGUGUUUGUCGGCGUUGCCGCCGGACAAGGGGGCUAUGGGUUUGCUGAACUCCACGCAGCAACAAAUUGUCUCUUGGGCUAUGCGCUUGGGGAAGCACAGGGAUGAGUCGUGGGAGGCUUACAACAAGAGGUCACACAGGCUCGCGAGGGCUGCAAUCCACGGGGCAGGCCUGGAACGAUGGGGAACGUUAUGGCUUAGAAAGUGGUGGCGUUACUCUGGGCACCGCGCACGUGGUUUGCUACGUGAGGUUCCUCCUAUUAGCUCGCAAGUGGAUGCCUUUCGCACGUUAUCGUGGUGGGAAACGGAGCAGCGAAAAGAUGACGGUCUGCAGCAUACUCACCAUUUUCCGAGGUUGAUGAACAUGGAAAGGGUGAUGGAUCGUGCGGCAGGGGUUAGCUGGAGGGUCCUGGCGCAAGAUAGGGUUCAAUGGCAAGGCAAAGAGCAGGUUUUUGUGCACAACAUGGACAUUCCGUGGGCGAGCUUUCGGCAGUAUCAGCUUUUGAACUGGCAGUGA